AUGCUCAGCUCUUUCUCUCGAACUCGCAGGCAAUAUCACCUCAUACUGGCCUGCGUGGCAGCUUCAAUAUGCUUCAUCAACUUGCUCUUCAUCACAAAUGCCAUCGACGAUUCCAUCAUCCCCCUCCCGAACCUAAACCUGUUCACCGCAACUACCAACCCCGUGAUCGGACAUUUUGCCCGAGAUGAACACCCUAUCGCCGACUUGAUGAGGGAAGCGAACCGAGACUGGCAGGCAUACGAUAAUGGUCGCUCAACUAGUUUCCGUCGGACAGUCGACAGAUAUCGUGAAACAUAUGGGCGCCACCCACCUCCUGGCUUCAAGGAAUGGUACAUGUUCGCACGCAAAAAGAGCGUACACAAUGUGGACGACUUCCAGCAAAUUAUGGGGGAUCUGCGGCCUUUUUGGGCGGUUCCCCCAGCGGAGAUUCGACGGAUGGCAGCGAAACUGCAAUCAAGCGAGGGCAUUGCAGGAGUGCAAAUCCGCAAUAAGAAGGUUGUGUACUCCCCUAUUGAGGGGUGGAGAAUUGAAACUCUGCGAAAAUCGAUCAAACGGAUUGUCCGAUAUCUGCCCGACAUGGACAUUGCACUUAAUAUUAUGGAUCAGCCGCGGGUGAUGGUGUCAUUCGAAGACACCCAGGAAUAUCUCCGCGCCGAAGCCCUCACAAGGAGCCUGCCUAUUGAUGCGCAUGAUGGUUUUACCCCAGGCAUGAAACAUCUGUAUGAGGAAGGUUCCGGGAUAGAAGAUGCUAUGGACCCGUCUUGGUUUUCAAUCGCUGGAAAGCCGUACAUGGACUUUGCCAAGGAGUCUUGCGAUCCUGACUCACCUGCUCGCAAUGAUAACUUCACCGUGGAGGAUGCCGAUAGGUUAUACAAAUCGCCUUCGGGUGGGUUUGUCACCAACUUUACCGCUUCCUCUGAUCUAUGCACUGUGGGACCCGUCCUUGGAGAGAAACACGGCUUUUUGUUCUCGGCAUCCAGCAACCUCAUUACGAGGAAACUGAUUCCAGUCUUCAGCGAGUGCAAGGUUAGUGUGAACAACGACAUCUUAUUUCCAGCCAAUAUGUAUUUCUUGAACGACAAGCGAUAUGUGUACAACUCACGGCAUGACUACGAGUGGGAAGACAAAACGGACACUCUGCUCUGGCGCGGUGUGACCUCCGGUGGUGUCCAGCUUGCGGAUAAUUGGCAGCGCAUGCACCGCCAACGCUUUGUGCAUGUCACCAACAGCACUGAGAUGAGGGCAAUGUCAGUCUCUAUCCUCUCCGAGACCAGCAGGGGCCAAUAUCGGAACUAUUCCAACUUCUACCCAGGCAAAUUUUCCUCGGACCACUUCGAUGUUGGCUUCACUGAGGGGUUGGGCUGCAUCCCGGAUUGUUCGUUCUAUGACGGUGUUUUGACUUAUAAAAAGCCAAAGGCGUUCAGCCAGCAGUUCAAAACAAAAUACCUUGUCGACAUCGACGGACACAGCUUCUCUGGCCGAUGGCGCGCUUUCCAGCUCAGCAAAUCCAUGGGGAUCAAAGCAACAAUUUUCCGCGAAUGGCAUGAUUCCCGACUUUUUGCCUGGCGUCACUUUGUUCCCAUGGACAAUCGUUACGACGAUUUGUACGGGUUGAUGACCUAUUUCCUCGGUCUGGACUCGCAGGCAUCCCUUGACGAUCCAUUCUCAGUUAGCGAGCCAUACAUCCAAGAACAUGAUUUUGAGGCCAAUGUGAUUGCCUCUCAAAGUCGGGAGUGGGCUCAGAACGCGCUCCGCGACGAAGAUCUUGACAUCUAUCUCUACCUUCUUCUCCUUGAAUAUGGCCGCAUCAUUGAUGAUAAUCGUGAUAGCAUUGGGUAUAGUGGUGACGGAAACGAGCUAGACCACUUUGACGAACAAUACCCUUUCCCUCCAGCGAUACCGAACAUCGUCAAUCCUCCUCCCGUCACCUAUCCACAAUAA